AUGGAGCCGCUCGCCCCGCCCCGCCCUCCCUUAGCUCUUCUCCGCGCCCCAAACCACCCAGCUUCUUAGAGCCGGGAGUUCGGGUUUCGGAGCAAUGGCUGCGACAUCCCUAGCCCAGCCGGCCGCCCCGCAUGCAAUGUUCUCAGAUGUUGAAGAUAAACGAUAAAUGAAUGACACGCGUAGCUUGAGCUCAUUUAUUCGCUCACCAGACAUGUACUCACUCCUACAUGUGUGCCACCUUAGCAUAGGGGAGUACCUGACAGGCUUCCACAAGCGGAAGGUGGAGCGGAAGAAGGCAGCCAUAGAGGAGAUCAAGCAGCGGCUCAAGAAGGAGCAGAAGAAGCUCCGGGAGGAGCGCCACCAAGAAUACCUGAAAAUGCUGGCAGAGAGGGAGGAGGCACUGGAGGAGGCGGACGAACUGGACCGGCUGGUGACGGCAAAGACAGAGUCAGUGCAGUAUGACCACCCCAACCACACAGUCACCGUGACCACCAUCAGUGACCUGGACCUCUCAGGGGCCCGGCUGCUCGGACUUUCCCCGUCUGAUCAAGGGGCCGGGCCUGGGCCUGAGGAGGAGGUGUCAGCCAUGGAGAAGCCGACCAAAGCCUUACCCAGGAAGUCCAGAGAGCCCCUGCUGUCCCAGCGGAUCUCCUCUCUCACGGCAUCACUGCAUGCACACAACCGCAAAAAAGUCAAGAAGAAACAUCCUCGACGAGCCCAGGACUCUACCAAGAAGCCCCCGAGUGCCACCCGUACCAGCAAGACCCAGCGCCGCCGGCUGACCGGCAAAGCCCGGCACAGCGGAGAGUGAGCCCGAGAACCAGGCCAGGCCCCAGCCCGGGCUGCAAGGACCUGUCCCGCCUCUGCUUAGCUGUCCCCAUAACCCAGCCUGCACUGACACCCAGAAGAAGCGGGCAGCUGAGAACUGGCCUCCCUCAGGAGGUACCUUCUGAGCCACAUUUGGAGCAGCUUCCUAAAUGUAUACACCACUGGGCCUUCCUCAGAUUUUC